UUGUAAUUUGUCCGGAGGAAGUUGUGCUAAAGAAAGAGCUAAAGAACUCAAUAAAAUUGAAUAAAGCGUUUAGCGAAAACGAUUAUACUAACGCAUCUGCUGUUCAACGACAACAACGAUUUGCAACGUUUCGCUUUUCAUUCCCCUGCCUGUCAUUCCAAUAAAAUAAAAAAAAACCAAUCAACACAUCAGACUAAAAUCAAUAAUUUAGUUGUGUGCUUUUCGCGGCUUUUUGUGUUUCCUUUUAAAAAACAAUCAAUACCCGAAGAAUGGGCACAGAAACCAAGAGCAACAGUUACACAGGACAGAUUUCAACAAGUGGCGGCAACCCUAAAGUGAUGAAAGAUUCUUUAUCUUUAGUGCAUCCAACAUCAGCGGCGGUUAAGCAACAGCAACAACAACAACAACAGAAUCAACAGCAACAAACGAGCCAAAAUAAUUUGAAUGCAUUUGCAUUAUCAAAUUCAAACUCGAAUUUGUCUGCUGAUAAACGACCAAAGCCAGAGGAUAACAACAUUAAAACGACCAAAGAGCAUUCAAAUGUACCCUUCGUACCCAUAUUUGUAGAAGAAGCCAAUGUAAUUCAAGGUGCUAAGGAUAUAUUGCAAGUAAUCCGACCAAAUUGGGACCUCACUCAUGUUGAUUUUAAGAAAUUCACAGAUGGCAUAACAAAUAAGCUUGUUGGCUGUUUUCACAAUAGUUCCAAGUUAAGCAACAAUGAUAAUGGCGAUUCGUAUCUGUCGAUCAAUAAUGCGCAAUGUAUAUUGCCCGUACAAUCGGCAGAUGAAGAUCCCGUUGUCAUAUUACAGGAUGAGAAUGAUGAGAAAACGGAAACGGAUCGUUAUGCACCAAUACAAUACUCCGAUAACGUAGUACUUGUACGUGUCUAUGGCAAUAAGACGGACUUACUGAUCGAUCGUAAGGCUGAAACGCAAAAUUUUCUAUUACUGCAUACAUAUGGCCUGGCGCCAUCGCUAUAUGCAACCUUUAAGAAUGGUCUUGUCUAUGAAUACGUACCUGGGAAUACAUUAAAUAUGGAAAGCGUACUCUGUCCAGAUAUAUGGCCUCUGGUUGCACGUCGCAUGGCCGAAAUGCAUCGUGUGGUUAAAAAGAAAUGUCCUUUAGAUGCUAAACCCAUGCCAAUGAUUUGGAAGAAAACUCAAAGCUUUCUUGAUUUAGUACCUGAACGAUUUAGUGAUGCUGAAAAACACAAAAGAGUGAAAGAUACAUUUUUACCUAUUGGGAGACUACGCGAGGAGUUUAACAAUUUGUACAAAUAUUUGGAGGCUUUAGAGAGUCCAAUCGUAUUCUCUCACAACGAUCUACUAUUGGGGAAUGUGAUUUACACUAAAAGCAUGAAUACUGUUAAUUUUAUUGAUUACGAAUACGCCGAUUAUAAUUUUCAAGCCUUUGAUAUUGGUAAUCAUUUUGCGGAAAUGUGUGGAGUCGAUGAGGUCGACUACACGCGUUAUCCAAAACGGGAAUUUCAACUUAAAUGGUUGCGUGCUUACCUUGAACAUUAUCUACAGCGUACCAACAUUCAAAAUGAUGAGGUAGAGCUGCUCUAUGUCCAGGUGAAUCAAUUCGCAUUGGCCGCACACAUUUUUUGGACGGUAUGGUCGCUACUCCAAGCCGAGCAUUCCACUAUUGACUUUGACUAUGUUGGCUAUGCAUUUCUUCGUUACAAUGAAUACUUGGCACGCAAGGAUGAAUUUUUAUCAUUGAGUGCAACGAAGAACAAUAAAUGAUUGGUCUAAGCCAGACUCCAGAGCAAUUCCAAAUAUGGAGACUUAUGUGCCCCAGUGAUGUACUUAUAUACAUAUAUACAUAUAUAUUAUAAACUAUGGCUGGCAUUGAUAUAUGUUUGUACAAUCUAUAUACUAUAUAUACACUUAAUAUAUACAAUAGUAUAUGUACAUAUAUAUAUAAAUAACAUGUGUUCACAAAAAUGAGUAACUCCUCAAAUUUAGUGCCGUGCAUUCAUAUCAGCCCUAGUGUAUGCAUAUACAUGUAUGUAUAUACAUAUUAUGAAUUUCUUUAAUUUGUACAUUGAUAUUUGGUAGUCAUAAAUAAA